AUUCGAGACAUCCUCCUCCUCCACUCUCUCAGGUCAGCCACCCUCUCGGAGGUCCCUCUCUUAGUCGCUCUCUCCUCCUCCAAUCAGUCAGCCAUCCUCUCUCAGAUCGCUCCCACCUCCUCCUCCUCCUCCUCCUCCUCCUUCAACCACUCAGCCACUGUGUUCCCCUGUCUUAGAUCGAUCUCUCAUCCUGCUCCUCCUCCUCCUCCUCCUCCUCGAACCACUCAGCCACGAUCUUCUCCAACGAGACCAGUCCCACAGGAUAUGUAAAAGCAAGUUUAUUUUCAUAUUUGUUUUUGUAUGGACUCAUUGCACUCCUAAUAAAGCUCCCAGUCACAUGCUGCUUCUCCCUCCCCCAAGAGAAGAGUAGAAGUCAUGGCCUCCAUCUAUGCAGAAUGGUCUCCUGUAUUACUUGUCUAUCUUAUGUGGAUUUUCUAGCUAUUUAUUUA